CUGCGAUGAGCUGCUGAAUCCUGGGGAAGGUACACUACUGAGACUCCGGCAGCAGCUGGUGAAGAGUCAGAGCUGUGUGGGCGGAUCCAUUCACCCUUCUGCUCCAAGAUGUCUCUCAGAGAUGUCUGCCCCAGUUGGCCCAACCAUACCAACCACUUCUACGCUGAACUAGAGAACUUGGGGAAGAAAAGUGUGUUUGUGUCUCCUAUAAUUAUGGCAAGUGUAGUCAUAGGAUUGGUCAUCACCAUCUCCUGCGUCACCAUCAUGCUGGGCAGCAUGCACUGGGACAGGCAGGCCCGGCUCCCGCCCCGCCGCCAGCGCCACUACCGUGGAGACUCCGAGGAUGGCCCAGACUCCCAGGAGCACUCCUCCCCCUGCAGCCGCGGGAUACACUGCGCCUGCAGCCUCCGGGGAGACCGGCUCGCACCCGCUGGCAGCUCUCACCGGGAGGCGGAGGCCAGCAGGCUGCACUGGCUGCACAUGGAUGCUCCACCAAGCUACGAAGAGUGCACGGGGCCAGGGGCCACUCAGCUGUACCUCCCCACGGAGGCGCCCCCACCCUACUCACUGAUGGACACCGACGGCGGACACCAGCCGGCGCACAGCGACCUCCACACCAUCUCCGUGGACGCCCUGCCCCCUUACGAGGCUGUGGGGGGGCCUUGCCCUCCACUGAGCCGGCUGCCACUGCCAGGCUCAGAACCGGAGCCAAGCGGCCUCCAGGGCCCCCCGACCCCGAAAGGAAGCCUGGCUUCCAGCCCAGAGAUGAUUGUGUGA